UUCAUAAAUUUCAUAAAUCUUUGUUUCACAGAUUACAGUAGUCUGUGCUUUGUUUAUAUUUAAUGCUGCUCCUAUUUCAUGUAUGCGGGAUAACAGUUUUUGUAGUUGUGUUUGUGUAAAUUUAUAUGAGUAUUAACAGAGACUCAGGUAUUAAUGAUAAAAUCUCCAAUUCUUUACAGUUGGAUCUGAGACAGGUUGAGUUGUCUCUGAUUUGGAUGUGCUACAAUCAUGAGUGGUGUGAGGAGGUGUAAAGAGUUUCUACGAAAUCUGAAUCAAGAGGAGUUGAAAAUCACCAGGGUGCUAAUCAAAAGACGCAAUAUACCGGAUCUUGGGAAUGAUAUACAUCGUAUAUACAGAGAACUAGAUGAUCCAAAAAGUCUUGUAAUUCAUUUCAACAAAGAAAUAUCACGAGGCAUUUUCGAUAGAGAAGAUAUAGUUGUAAAUCAAGAAUUCCCUGAAGAAACUUUCAAGAAUAGUUCAAGAAGUCGCAGUAGAAGAAGUCCCUCGGUUGAAGACAGCAGACGAGAAGAAAAAUCAAGAAAUGUAUCUUAUUACCAUGAAUCAUCUAGCAAGCGAAGAAAUCAAGGGGAAAGGUCAUAUAGAAGUCGCUCUCGGUCAGGAGAUGGCUCGAGAAGGGAUAGGAGUCGUUCAGGAUCUUAUAGAAAACGAAGCAGAUCCCCCUCGAGAAGAGACAAAUAUAAUGGACGUUCUCGCAGGGGUGAAAGAAAGAAGAGCAGGAGUUUCUCACCGCACAAGAAAAAGCCAGGUCUGUUCAUACCAACCGAAAGUGACAAUUUGAAACACCAAAGAAGGAAAGCAGGUCGAUCACACUCCCCAAGUUCGUCGCAUGGCCCAAAUAAAAUCCGUGAACAUUCCGGCAGGUCAAGCAUGGAAAGACAUAGAUCUCCCCGCAAGAGAAGCAGAUCUCCUUCCAGAUCCAGAAGAAGUCGUUCUGGCUCCACAAGGGCUAGGAGGUCUAGACGCAGUCGAUCUCGUAGCAGACAUUUCGAGAGAGAAAUCGAGUAUGUUGGACUUUAUGGUGAUCCACAAAUGCCACCUUGCAUUUUUCAGGAUGGAAAGUAUUGGAUUCCAGUAGGACCUGCAUUCCUACCCAGAGGCUUUAUACCUCCUCCAUUAUAUCCAAGGCCAUUCCCACCACCAAUGAUGAUGCCUAGAAUGCCCAAUAUGAUGCAACCAUAUAGACAACGUCCACACCGACCAAGGCAGCAACAAAGUGCUCCUUGUGAUGUUGCCUCAACAAGCACUGCUGUAAAAAAUGCGGGAGGUGGUAGUAAUGAAGAAAACAAGCAGCAGAAUACUUAGAAAAUCGAAUCUCCAAUGACAAUUGAAUGGUUCGAUAAAAGCAACAUACAUUUUUUUUCUUGAGAUGAAAAUAUAUAUACAUUUGGAUAUUCUGUCGUGAAUUGUAGUCUUUUAUAGACUGAAUGUAUUCUUCAAUGUAUAUUUGUGAUAUAUUUGUUGUAUUUAAAUAUAUUAUUAUUACAAUUAAAGUCUACAAAAUAUGGAAA